CCAGAGCUGCCCUGAAGGCAAUCAAGUUCCUGAACGUUGACUUUGACUCUCCGAGUUAGAAUGAAUUAUGAACCACUACUUCGACGCAAUAAAAGGCAACGACCAGCUUCAUGUGAUGAUCUCGACACCAGCCGCUAUCAGCGAUCAGUUUCCUACAUGAGUGGCUGACAAGGUACUCUUAUUAGCUCAUGGUCUAGGACUCUAGGUACAGAAGUCGUCUACGGAAACAAGAUCUAUCAUAAUUGCCUCCAUUCAAUCGGUCCAAGACUGGAAUUUCAAAAACUGACAGACAUACGUUACCAUCCCAGGCACCGCUUCUCUAGAUUCUUAAAGGUCAGCGUAGAGCCGCCCUACAAUCUAGUCCCCGAUGUCUUCCUCUCUCGCUCAUCUGUCUUCAAAUGACCAAGCACUCUUUCACCAGUUCAGCUUCGGACCCAUUAGGACUGUACAGACACCCAUCAUCCAUCGUGCUUUUCGACAGCAUGUUAUAGAUCAGCCAGAGGCUAUUGCGGUAGAACAUCCGUCGCUCAAUGAGUCUAUCAGCUACCGACAACUGGACAUCCAAUCGAACCGUCUGGCUCAUCAUCUUCGAAAACAUAACAUAUGUCCUGGGUCCCGCGUUUGCAUCCUCGCUCGGCGGUCCAUCGAGCUGGUUAUAGGCAUUCUAGCGGUCCUGAAGAGUGGUGCCCAGUAUGUGCCCUUGGAUGCAGUAACGAUUACCGAUGAAACACUUCAAUUCGUGUUGGAGGACUCUGGUCCCAGUAUGGUGCUCUCGAUGGCAGAUUAUUUGGACUCGCUCUCUGAAUGCCCUGUUCCCGUGGUCUGUCUCGAAAAUUUCAUUCAGGGGGAUGAUUUUACAGAAGGGGGUCUCAGUGAGGUCGAGGAUCUCUCCUCUCCUUCUGAUGGCGCGUAUUGUAUCUACACUUCCGGCACUACAGGCAGACCAAAAGGCGUAGACGUCAAACACGAGGGCGUAACGAACGUCAUCAGUGGCGCCCCUGCCAAUGUUGGUAUGCGACGCGGAAUGCGAGUUGCUCAACUUCUCAAUAUCGCCUUCGAUAUGGGAGCAUGGGAGGUUUUGGGAUCUCUUUACAACGGCUGUACUCUGUGUCUUCGCGGAAACACAUUCAAAGACUGGGUAGCCGUCCUGAAGACCGUGGAUAUCGUGAUCUCUACACCUAGCAUCCUAAUGCGUCACGACCCCGAAGAUUACCCCAAUAUUCAACAUGUCAUCGUCGGUGGAGAACCUUGUCCUCAAAGUCUUGCCGACAAAUGGGCCUUCUAUACAUCAUUCAAUAAUUGUUGUGGGCCGACCGAAAUUUCCAUAUGCAACACAGUGCAGCCGCAUACAGCAGGGAGUUCUCUGUCAAUCGGUAAACCAAUUCCCAACACGAAUGUUUACAUUCUCUCGUGCGACGAUAACGCGGAAGCUCUUCCCAUUGGGCACGUGGGAUGUAUGUGGGUCGGUGGCAUCGGAACCAACACUCGUUACCUUAACCUUCCCGACAAGAACGUGGAACGUUGGAGACAGGAUCCCUAUGUGGCGGGCGGCCGCGGUAUGAUGUUUAACACGGGCGAUCUUGGACGUUGGAGACCGGACGGUCAAUUGGAUCAUAUGGGCCGUGUGGACGAUCAAGUAAAGGUUAAAGGUUUCCGAGUCGAACUUGAUGGUGUAUCUGCUGCAAUGCAGACAUGCGAAGGUGUCUUCAAAACUGCUGCAUUACUGGUCGAUUCUGAACUGUGGGGAUUCGUAACACCAUCAACUGUCGACCCGGAAUCCGUGCGCGAAGCAGUGUCGAGAGUUCAACCCUACUAUGCGGUUCCAACUCACUACAUUGCUUUGGAGGAUUUUCCUGCCACAAGAAACGGCAAAGUCGACAAGCGAGCCCUUCGGUCUAUUGCUUUGAGCAGUACUUUGCCAUACGAUAUGCCAUCACCGUGUCUUUCUGCGUCUUCGAGUCCGACCUGUUCUGACAGCGAGGGAGUCAUCACACCUUCCUCUCCUUUUUCCAAUUCUCUGUCGUCAUCCCACAUUUAUGGGGAGUCGUCAUUCUGGACAGAUAUUUCCUUAGACGAUGAAGCAAAAGGCGUUACCCAAAAGGAGUUCACGGACGAAAACCUGGACCUAUUCAGAUCAAUCAUACAACAUACGAAACGCCCCGAGCCUCUUCGAUUUCGCAGCAACGAUCCAAUUUUAGCUCAGCAGUGAACGUGUACGGAUGUUCUGAUUUCUUGCUCGAAAUUCGCGGACAGAUUACAGAUAUAUCUACAGAUGACAUUCUUUCAUGCCCCCUUUCGUUAAUUUACUUCCAUGCCAUGUUGGACGUUCAGCUUUUAUGCUGGUACUUAUUUAUAAUUACGAUCUAUAAGAUCAUAUACAUUCUUUUGAGGUUAUGUCGUGCUCAUCCUUGUUCGUACUACAUCAUCACAUCAUAAUCAUGCGUUCGUUUCAAUGCUGUG